AUGACAACAAAAGAGAUAAAGAAGAAAGAAAAAUCAAAGAAAGAACAAGAGGGAGAAGAGGAAGAAGAAGAAGAAGAGAUCAAGUUUAGUGAUGAAGAGGAUAGUAGUGAUGAAGAAUACCAAAGAAAAAAGUUAAAGCUUGAAGAACAAAUCAAAGAACUAGAUCAAGAUCGUAGGAAAAAAAAGAAACCAAUUAGACCAAGUAGACCUCAUUAUUCUGAAGGAAAAGGAGUAUUAUUUCAUUUAAUAAGAUAUCUUUGUAUUUUAGCAGUGUUUUUAGUUUUCCAUUACUUUAUCUUUGGAGGAUUUAAUAAUAUACCGGAAUGGUUAUACUUUUGGAAAUCUGAAAGUGAAGCAGCAUCUGAAGAUUGGUCUAAAUAUAUGGGUAUUGGAGACAAUAGAAAACAUGUCAUUGAACAAAUCAAAAUGAGGUGUCCAAAGGAUGCUGAUUGUUCUGAUAUUAUAAACAAAUUUUCAAAGUAA